UAAGUGUUUGGUAAAUGAAAUUUCUUUUCAAAAUGAGAAAUGGUUUGUUGUUGAAAUAAAUAAUUUAAGGAAUUCCAGAGAAUACCCCUCGUAAUAGAUAACAUUCAUUUCUUCUCAUUUAAAAUUAUUUAUGUUUGUGUUCCUGAUGAAGUGCUUACAUUUUUUUUUAAAUACUAACAAUAAUUUUUUAUUUCUUUGCAGGUGGUUCUUCUCAUUAUGGGAGGCUUUACAUUAUGUUGGCUACCUUACUUCACGGUUGCUUCUUUGCAAAUAUUUGUGAUGUUCGAUGCCUGUCCGAUUCUAUACAGAGCCGCCCUAGCACUAGUGAUGGCCAAUUCAGGAUUAAAUCCAAUAAUUUAUGCUUGGAAAAAUACCAAUUUUCGAAGAUCUUUCUGUCGAUUACUGCAAUGCAAGAAUCCCAAUGGUGCUAGCAAUAACGAUUACAGUGUGUGGGAGCAUAGUCCACGCAAUGGAUCACAGCAGAAAAAGACUUCAGAUGUAUCUUCACCUAUUGAAAGCAGACUUCGCAGUCAAUCAAUUGAAUCCACAAAUGUGGCGGUUGUUAAUUGUAAUCCUGAUCCAAGAAAUAUCACCGAUUCUCCAGAAACUAAUAAACAAUUUGUAUUUAAUUUAAGCACAUGUAGAAAUCAAUUAACAUCAUAUGAAUCAUUUGUUCCAGCUGCAAGAAUCUUUUAUUCACCAUGUGAAGUUUGUAAAAUAUUGGUGGGAAGAAAAGUUGAUUCGAAAAACAAUUUAAAUGGACUAAUCAUACCAUGGAAUUGCGAAGAAUUUAAUCAUAAUAACAUAGUAAAUACAAUAAAAUGUAGAUGGUAAAAUAUAAUGUAAAAGAACAAAAUUAUUGCCUGUUUUUUUUUCUUAUUUGUGUG